UAUAUGAUUGGCCAGGCGGGGACUGGUAGUCCAGAGGUUGGCACUGAGGCUGGCGCUGCUCCCCGUGUUCAUGUUUACACCUUGCGGACGGGUACGAGAGAAGAUUCCCGGGGCCCCAAAACAAACUCGGGAGUAAAGUAACUGUUUCUCGCUGCUAUAUGACAGCAUUAAUCCGUGGCGCUUUCCUCUUUGAUUAUGACCACAAAGAAACUUUUUUUUUCUUUGCUGUGAACUGGAUCCACUCGUUUGAUUUAAUUUCUCUACAGCGCAGCAAUGCGUCAAACUUUGUGGUGACUAUCUUUACACCUCUGCGCUCACGGCUGGCAGUCAAGUAGAAAACAGCUGGGAAUCAGGUCAACCUGGAAUUGUGUAGGCAAAUGAUUUUUUUGCAAGGCUGUCAUAUUUAAGGACCUCUAAAAACUUUGCCAACGGAAAUAACGCUCCUUCGGUCUUUUUCAUUUCCCCGCUGGUUGGUGAUGGAUGUGUUUUGAGAACUACUGUUUGCACCAGACCAACCAUUUAUCAAAACUACGGCUCACUCAUCUUUUCCAGUUUCUCGACUCUUUCAACCACCCCGUGGCGAAGACUGUGGAGAUCCUUGGCGUGGACACCCUUACACGUUUCGCAACGGCGUAGCCGAAAAAGAUGCGCUCUCUUCGGGUGCAGCGUGGCCAAGAUCUCGGUCUGCUGGUUCUUCUCCUCUUGCUCGGGGGACAUGUGUUUGGCACUGAAAGUGACUACAGCGAGACAGAGGUUCUCCCUGACUCAUUCCCAUCAGCACCAGCAGAGCCCCUCCCAGAAUUCCUGCUGGAACCAGAGGAUGCUUUCAUCGUAAAAAACCGCCCAGUUCAGCUGCGGUGUCGAGCGUCACCAGCCACCCAAAUCUACUUCAAAUGUAACGGAGAAUGGGUCAAUCAGAACGAUCACAUCACCAGAGAAAGCCUAGACCAGAUCACAGGUCUGGUAGUGCGGGAAGUAGACAUCUCAGUGUCGAGGACCCAGGUGGAGGAGCUGUUUGGACUCGAGGACUACUGGUGCCAGUGUGUGGCCUGGAGUUCAGCCGGCACCACCAAGAGCAACCGUGCCUAUGUUCGCAUUGCAUACUUGAGAAAGAACUUUGAGCAGGAGCCUCUGGGGAGGGAGGUACGACUCGAGCAGGAGGUGCUGCUGCAGUGUCGGCCCCCAGAGGGCAUGCCUGCCGCUGAGGUGGACUGGCUGAAGAAUGAGGAUGUUAUAGAUCCGUCGCAGGACUCCAACUUCCUGAUCACCAUUGAUCAUGAUCUGAUCAUCAAGCAGGCCAGACUCUCAGACACAGCUAACUACACGUGCGUGGCUCGAAACGUGGUGGCCAAAAGACGCAGCAGCACAGCAACUCUAAUUGUUUAUGUGAGUGGAGGCUGGUCUUCUUGGACUGAAUGGUCAGAGUGUAACGCCCAGUGUGGGCGGGGCUGGCAGCGUCGAACUCGGAGCUGCACCAAUCCCGCCCCUCUGAAUGGAGGAGCCUUCUGUGAGGGCCCACCAGUGCAGAGAGUAACCUGCACCACACUGUGCCCAGUGGACGGAGGCUGGACAGAGUGGGCAAAGUGGUCCGCCUGCGGGACUGAGUGCACCCACUGGCGCAGCCGUGAGUGUCAAGCCCCCCCACCCAUCAAUGGAGGAAAGCACUGCAGCGGCAGCAUGAUGGAGAGCAAAAAUUGCACUGAGGGGCUGUGUGCAAGAACCAUGGCUCAAGGUAUGGGUGUAGCAGUCUACACUGGUUUGGUGGUGGCUUUGUUGCUGAGUGUGGUCAUGGCACUGUGCGUGGGAGUGCUGGCAUAUCGCCGCCGAUGUCGCCAUCUCCACGGAGACAUAACCGAUUCUUCAUCUGCUCUCACGGCUGCGUUCCACCCAGGCAACUACAAGCCUCCCAGACAGGAUAACCCACACCCCCUGCAUCCCUCAGCUCCUCCUGAUCUGACAGCCACAGCAGGCACUUUCCGAGGGCCACUCUUCUCCUUGCAGCAAGGGGUCAACGACAGCCCCCACAAAAUUCCUAUGACCACCUCUCCCUUGCUGGACCCUAUUCCCAGCCUGAAAAUCAAGGUGUACAACUCCUCCACUCUUUCCUCUCUGGAGCUCCCAGCUGACAUUGGUUCAGGUGAUGGAGAGAUCCUCAGCCUGAAAUCGGUGGGGACUGUUUGUAGAGAACGGGAGUUUCACAGCCACACUCUGUCCAGAGAGCCAGGGUUGAGCACUAGUGCCACCCUGGGAAACCUGGGAGGACGCCUUACCAUCCCCAAUACAGGUGUGAGUUUGUUGGUCCCGCCUGGCACAAUCCCCCAGGGGAAGUUUUAUGAGAUGUACCUCAUUAUUAACAAGUGGGACAAAACAACGUUACCAUCUGAGGGCAGUCAGACCGUACUUAGUCCCGUGGUGAGCUGUGGCCCUUCUGGUAUGCUACUGAAUCGACCUGUGGUCCUUACUAUGCCCCACUGUGCCCAGCUAGACACUCCUACACCUGACUGGACCCUUACACUCAAAACACAAACACACCAAGGUGCUUGGGAGGAGGUACUGACAGUAGGAGAAGAGACUUUGUCAUCACCGUGCUACCUGCAGCUAGAGGAGGAAUGUUGUCACAUCCUUAUGGAGCAGCUGGGAACGUACGGCCUCGUAGGCCAGUCCUGCCCUCCACAACCUGCCUGCAAACGCCUGCAGCUGGCUCUGUUUGCCCCUCGAGCACCAUGUCUCUCUCUGGACUACAGUCUCCGGAUCUACUGUAUCCAUGACACUCCACAUGCACUCAAGGAGGUGCUGGACUUGGAGAGGAGUCUUGGUGGAGUUUUACUAGAAGAUCCCAAGCCACUGCUCUUCAAGGAUAGCUACCACAAUCUUCGCCUGUCCAUCCACGACAUCCCUCACACUUACUGGAGAAGCAAACUUUUGGCCAAGUACCAGGAAAUACCUUUCUACCACAUUUGGAGUGGUAGUCAGAGACCCCUCCAUUGCACCUUCAGCCUGGAGCGAGGCAGCCUGGCUGUGUCACAGCUCGCCUGCAAGAUCUGUGUCCGGCAGGUGGAAGGGGAGGGACAGAUAUUCCAGCUGCAUACAGAUAUCCAGGAGACUCAACCACCACACUCGCCUCUUCCCUCGGGAGGUACCUGCCUACCUUCUUCUCAAGUGGGACCCUACGCCUUUCGCCUGCCUGAAUCCAUCCGCCAGAAAAUCUGUGCCAGUUUGGAUGUGCCCAGUGCCCGAGGGUGUGACUGGAGAUUACUGGCUCGCAGUCUGGGCUUUGACAGGUAUUUGAACUACUUUGCCACAAAGCCAAGCCCCACAGGUGUUCUACUGGACUUAUGGGAAGCAUGUCACCAAGGUGACGCAGACCUGGUCUCUCUGGCAACCGCGCUGGAGGAGAUGGGCAAAAGUGAGGUGCUAGUUGUCAUGACAACAGAUGGGGAUUGUUGAUUGGGCAAGGAACAAAUGAGCAAGCAAGACAUUUUUCUUUCCAUCAUUGGAUGAAAAUGAGAAUACCUGCCUAUGAAUAUGCACAUGCUGACACAAAUCUUUAAUCCACAGAGCAUUUGGGUUGUUUAACACAUACCCUCUGUACUCCUCUGCCUCACCUCUUGUUUUGCUAAUCCAUGAUGGACAACUGUAGCUACAUAUCAACCAUAACCCAUUCCCAUGCGGACCACUCCACUCCUAACUUGAUUCAGCUUGAAAUUUCAGAAGUAAUGCUGCAUCCGAAAGAUGGAAAACUAGUUAGAGUGUACCAAGGCGUAAAACUGGUGUAAAGUCAUCUGACAAAUGUGAUGUCAACUGUCUUUGAUUUCUGAAAAAGAAAUUAUUCUUGAUUACUGACAACAAUGCUUUGGGAAAAACAGUCAUCUAUGUAUUCAACACUCACAAUAACACCAUUCCUAACAUGAAAUUGCCCAUAUUUCCAUAGCAGCUUAAAACUGUAUAAUUUAACAUCUCGCCUCAUGGCAGUGGCUUUCUUUCUUUUUUCCUUUGCAUGGAAUGAGAGGCAGCACCUACCUGCCUGUAAUCUCCUGAGGCUGCACACACACUCCAAGACACACAUGGACAAAGUGGUCAUUAAUCAGCUCUGAGACACACGGACAAGGAUUACUUGUCUAACUGCUUCGUAAAAAGAUCAAACCCUCCAGGUUUGAGUCAUAUCGCUUCUGGCUGGAGAAAAGCUGCCUCUUCUUUCUGGUGGGAGAUUGAAUUGCAAAGUUAGUUUCAGAAUUGGCAGAUAACUUGACUGACUCUUUAUAUUGUACCAACAAAUGCCUCAAAGCUUUGGCAUAUCAUUCUGACUCACAGGGGUGUUUCUCUUUCAUCUCUCCUUGCAUUCCUCUAUCGCUCUGCCACACUCCUAUCUGCUGAGAAUAAACUGCAUCAUCCCUUAAAAGUUUCCUUUGGGGAACGCUCUUUAAUUUAUUAUCCAUAUUUGUGGAUUGCUUUUUCAUUGUCAUGAACAUUAUGAUCAUAUAGAGCCAAUUUUAUCCUUUGUGCUUGUUUGUGUAGGCUACUGAGCUGCUUUUUUUUUUUUCAUCCUAGUAGAGUGAGGCAAAUGGGAAAUUUAGGCGCACAGUUGAUGUCUUUGUUGUGAGUAACAAAACCAUUUUUUAUUUUUAUGUUGUUUUUUUUACAUUGUGCAUCUAUUGAAAAUGUAAAAAAUAAGAUGUAAUACUCAAUUAGAGAUGAUCCCGGUGAAUUUAUUGAAAGUUUAAUCAUGGAGGCAUUUUGCUUUACUGUAACUUAAAAACAGUUCCCACUGUUAAGUGAUAACUAUUGAAUAAAUUUGCCUUAUUUUGAGACAGUUGUGCAGCAAGGGACCAUAUACAGAAAUGUACCUCAACACAAACUGAAUUAUAGUUUAAUUAGUUGAUGACACAUGUAACUAUGCCAUGCCUCUUUUUACUCAGAUUGAAAUAUAGUGUUGAUCUUCUUCCUAAGCUGCCUGCUUUGUGAUCAGGGUCCUCAAGCUGUUUGCAUUAUCACUGUUGUCAGAUAGGAACUGAAAUUCUGUCAUUGCAGCAUCAUCAUCAUUUCUAUUCUGUUAUUGAGUCUUUUUUCCCCCAAAGCAAAAGAAAAAAAAGUGUUCACAUCUUUAAAUGACAAAAACCAAAACACUGGCAGUAUCCCACCUCUUCAGCAGUGAGUCAUGUCACUGUUUUGUGUGAAUGAACUGAGCAUUUGUGCGCAUAUGUGUGUGUGUGUGUGUGUGUGUGAAUGGGUAUGUGUGGGCAGGUGGGUGUGCACAUACAACAUGUGCACAUUCUUAAGAUCUGUCAUUUCUCUGUGUAAGUGCUAUGCAAGUACAAAGGAAAAGUGAAGCAUUUCCACUUCUUUUGUUUCUUGGAAGAGUAACUCUAUUUUUACAGAUAAGGACAUUGACAGGGUUUUGAUUUUGUAUCCUAAAGUGGUUUAACACACCUGGAGAUGUUUGUCUGUGUUGGAAGUCUCCAUCUGGACUGGGAAACUUGGAUCACUGUCCGUGGAAGCUAAAGGAGUCAAAAGCUUCAGCACAUGUUGUGACUAACAUUGUGAACUUGUACCCUGCAGGUCUUUGCCAUGAAGAAAUACCUAAACACAACCAGUUCGGUGCUUUGGAUGCCUGAACACUUCUCUAACUUCUUUUUACAGAGACUGGCUAGCUUUAGAUUACAGUGUUUAUUCAUACAGUUCACUUCAGUGUCCACUGGAUUUUUGGCCAUAUUGCUGGAAAACUUAUGCUGGAGCUGUACUGGAUUUGAACUUGCUCCCUUCAAAGAGAUAAACUCAGCCUUUGUUCAAGAAGUCAGACAUUUUUACAGAAAACAAAAUGGAUUCAGUGACAUUAUUUUGUCUCUGUCAAGUACCAAUUGUAAAUAAAUGUCUAGCCUUCUUACCUGUAACUAAAUAUAAUUUUUAUGCAAUAAAUUAUAUUUCUUA